AAAGAGAGAGAGAGAGAGAGAGAAAGAAGUGUUGGGCCUCGCGGGUAACCGAGGCUGCGGGUGUCUGGGCGGUUCCGCGAGGCUGUGCCCAGAGACCUGCGGGGCCCAGGCUCCCGGGGUUCACGCCACAAUCCAGGAGGUGCCUGAGCGAGCGGGCCGAGAGGAGUGCGGCUGGGAGACCUGCGGGCAGGGACCAUGGGCUGCUUCUUCUCCAAGAAGCAGAAGGCUGAGAAGGAGUCGCAGCCCCAGGGCGAGGAGGAACGGCCAAAGCAGUACAGCUGGGACCAGCGAGAGAAGGUUGAUCCAAAAGACUAUACAUUCAGUGGGCUGAAAGAUGAAACAGUAGGUCGCUUACCUGGGAAGGUGGCAGGACAACAGUUUCUCAUUCAAGACUGUGAGAACUGUAACAUCUAUAUUUUUGAUCACUCUGCUACAGUUACUAUUGACGACUGCACUAACUGCAUCAUUUUUCUGGGACCCGUGAAAGGCAGCGUGUUUUUCCGGAAUUGCAGAGAUUGCAAGUGUGCACUAGCCUGCCAACAGUUUCGUGUGCGUGACUGUAGAAAGCUGGAAGUCUUUUUGUGCUGUGCUACUCAACCCAUUAUUGAGUCUUCCACAAAUAUCAAGUUCGGCUGUUUUCAAUGGUACUACCCUGAAUUGGCUUUCCAGUUCAAAGAUGCAGGGUUAAGUAUCUUCAAUAAUACCUGGAGUAAUAUCCAUGACUUUACACCUGUGUCAGGAGAACUCAACUGGAGCCUUCUUCCAGAAGAUGCUGUAGUUCAGGACCAUGUUCCUCUACCUACUACCGAAGAGCUCAAAGCUGUCCGUGUUUCCACAGAAGCCAACAGAAGUAUCGUACCCAUAUCCCGGGGUCAGAGACAGAAGAGCAGUGAUGAAUCAUGCUUAGUGGUAUUAUUUGCUGGUGAUUAUACUAUUGCAAAUGCCAGGAAACUAAUUGAUGAGAUGGUUGGUAAAGGCUUUUUCCUAGUUCAGACAAAGGAAGUGUCAAUGAAAGCUGAGGAUGCUCAAAGGGUUUUUCGGGAAAAAGCACCUGACUUCCUUCCUCUUCUGAACAAAGGUCCUGUUAUUGCCUUGGAGUUUAAUGGAGAUGGUGCUGUAGAAGGAUGUCAAAUUAUUGUCAACGAGGUAUUCAACGGAACCAAGAUGUUUGUAUCAGAAAACAAGGAGACAGCAUCUGGAGAUGUAGACAGCUUUUACAACUUUGCUGAUAUACAGAUGGGAAUAUGAAGUGCAAUGUGGAACCAAGGACUUGGUAUUAAGCCCCUUUCAAUUUGUGUAUUACCAGCGGCUUUUACUAAGGCUAAAAUUAUUAAAGUUGAUUUUUUUUAAUAAAUUGUUGAAUACUCCAUCA